CUAUUGGCAACGUUGUAACUCUUAUGCAGAACGCACUCCUUCUGCAUUUGCUUUAACCUUAAAAAUAAAAUAAAAAUCUUCUCUUCAUCAAGUUUGGUGGAGUACUUCGCAAUUUAAAGUGAAAGUAUAACUGAAACAUGCAACUUCCACCCGUAUUUAUAGACAUAUCAUUGGAAGAACAGGCUCAAGAGUUACGGGCCUAUUUGAAAAAUUUGGGGGCUGAAAUUUCUGAAGAAAAGUCAUCCAAAGGGAUCGCCGAUGAUCUGCAUAAAAUCAUAGCUGUUUGCGAUACUUGUUUUCGAGAGGGGCAAGAAUCGGAGGUAGAAAGUGUUUUGAAUGAUAUUGUGUCCAUUAUGGUUUUGGUUCCGAUGGAGCAUGGAGAAAACAUAAUAUUAGCGUUUUGUGAAAAAUUGGCUAAAGCUCCAGGACAUAAGCUACUCUUGGCCAGUUUGCGAGCUUUGUGGCUAUUGUUUCAAUCGUUAGAUGAACGUUCGCCGAUGAGAUAUCAUGUGUAUUAUCAUUUAAUACAAAUUGCUAAUCAAACUGAUCAAGUUAGAUGCGUGUUUCGAGAUAUUGAACACUUAAAGCAGCAAUUUUCGCAUUGUCCACCAUCGAGUGAACAAUUACAGAAACUAUAUAGGCUCUUGCAUGAGGUCUUACUUAGAAGUAAUCAGAGCGAACAAGCUGCCAAAGUUAUGAUAGAGCUGCUCGGCACAUAUACAGCUGAGAAUGCUUCCCACGCUCGUGAAGACGCAAUCCGUUGUAUUGUUUCUGCUUUGGCUGAUCCCAAUACGUUUCUUUUGGAUCCGUUAUUAUCCCUUAAACCAGUUAAGUUCUUGAAAGGAGAGUUGAUUCAUGAUCUCUUAUCAAUAUUUGUCAGCGACAACUUGCAAAGCUACCUAACGUUUUACCAUAAUCACAAUCAGUUUGUUAAGGAUCAAGGGUUAAACCAUGAGCAUAAUAUGCAAAAAAUGCGCCUACUCUCAUUUAUGCAACUGGCAGAAACCAAUCCAGAGAUUAAUUUUGAAACAAUCCAAAAAGAGUUGCAAAUAGGAGCUGAAGAUGUGGAAGGUUUUAUUAUUGAAGUAUUAAAGACAAAACUAGUUAGAGCAAGAAUGGAUCAAGCUGCAAGAAAGGUGUACACAUCCAGUACAAUGCAUAGAACGUUUGGACGAGCCCAAUGGCAACAAUUACAUAAUUUAUUGUAUGCGUGGAAGGGAAACCUUCAAUCCGUUCAAGAAGGCAUGAAGAAUAUUACCGCAGCCCAAUUAGAAAUGCUAAAUCAGUAAAUUAUAUUUAAUUUUCAAAAUUGGUACUUCUUUACUAAAUUCAAUUAAAUGUUUUGAAUAUUU